UCUUUGCUGAAUUGUUUGCUGCUGUUCACUUUUUGGCAAUCGUUAGAAAGAGCGAGACAGCAGUCGAAGAGCAAUCCAGUGCAUCGUAAUGGUUCCGGUGUGCCUGAAGUUGAGAGUCUUGCACGUCCAUACGAGCAUCCAACCGACAACAUUUUGCAAAUCAUAGAAUGCUACGCAACAAGUACUCCACCAGCGGACCACGGAGAAGAAAAUGCCUGGCUUUCAUUACCUGUACCGUUUUUUGCACGGUUUCUCAGGGUUGGAUCCCUUCCAAUGAAAGAAAUGCAGCACAGAGACGGCGGGAUCUACCAACUUCCGUGACGAAAGUAAAAACGAAUCCAUUUUGGGCAAUGUCCAGUUCCGAUUUGAAAGAUGAUCGAAGUAAGAGAGAAACCUCGUCGAAUAACAGAACACCGAAAAUGAAAGAGUAUGAUAAAAACAGUGUCGUAAGUCGUCUUCACCAGGCGGCGUCGCGGGCCCAUCUUCGACAACAGCUUAAAGACGCCCAGGAGGCAACAACAGCUAGUACAAAACUACAUAGAGAGGGCCCUCGCCUAGCCAGCCUUCAAAAACUUAAUACAGCAAUUGAUCUCCGAUUGGAUAGUAAUCGGUUCCCCUACAAUUCUGUUUCGUCUCAAGUCCUACAAGCCGCUCGAGAUCCCAUGAUUGCUGUUGUCAGUCACAACCAGCAAGUUGCGGCUCAUCAGCAAGCUGUGGCGGCUACGUCAGUUUUGUUCGAAAAAUGUCGUCAAGUCGCUAUCGUUUUAUCAAAGUCGCUACAAAAAGAUCAGGUCACCGUUGAAUACGCAAACCGUAUUCGACGGCUCUUGAAGGCCAUGCUCGAAGAAGAUUACCACCCGGACGCUAUAUGUUUCGUUGGAGGCACUUCGACUGGUAACAAGAUUGCCGACGCGGAUGCUGGCUAUAUAUACUUCCGAUACUUGUGUGCAUGUCAGAAUAUUUCACUGGAUGGAAUUCAGUUUAUUUUGGAGUACACGCGUGCCGAGCAAGGCGCCUUUCAAAAUGUUGUGGAUGAACUGCAGCAAAAAUGUUUACCUCUGUGGCGGAAGGCGGCCUUUAAUGAGGAAGACGAGGACUAUCAGUCGUUCAGUACCAAAAUUCGCCGUCGUUUGCGGGUUCACUUUUCAAUUGUCUCAUCCGAGUAUCAUCUUUGCCAACUAAAUGAUAUACAUGUUCGUUCUCCAGGCCAGUCUCCGCUUCGAGCGUUGGGAGGGUGGAUGCGAGUAUCCGUGGACACAACCUGGGCAUACCAAUACUCCACCACCAUGCUGCCUCGUCAGAAAAAUCCGGCUCGGUCAUUUUGCGCCAAACAUUACAAAACAGCACAGCGCUUGGUACCUGCCUUGCACAAUCUUCGGGGCGUCGUCGACAACCGGGAAUUUUUUCAGAGGGAUAAUUAUCGCGUGCUUGUAUCUGCUCGUCGAAGCCUUGUGACCGAUAUGGAAAAGUUGUAUCACAGGCAGCCAUCGCUAAAAGACGUCCAUAAGCUCUGCUCAGAUGAUGGCAAGCCCAUGGAUGUCAUUUUAGAGAGCGCUCUACUGAACCUAGGCCGUUGUCUCGACCUUGUUCGGCCCGCGGGACUGCUCACCGGGAUCGUCUCAUCCACAGAUUGGAGCCUGGCGCUGACCUUUCUUGAGCAGGCGGUGCAACAAAUUUGCAAGGCAUGUGACCCCGACGAACCCCUCGAUUACUCCGAUUGGGGUUCCCUUGGCGACCUAACGCUUGCAUCUUCUUGGACGGCAGCGACAGAGCGCAAGUCAUAAUCUGUAGAGACUGAAGAAAUCACGGCGACCAAGACAUAAAUGCUGUCAAGCAAAGCACAAUGCAUUCAAUCUACAAACAGAAUAGCAGCCAACCAUAAAUUACGUAGUACCGUACUGGGCUAGUGU